UGCAUAUGCGCGGAGGCCUUGGGUGCCUCGAAUGUACUCUUACUUUCAAAUAAGGAAUCAAAGGAAACCUCCGUGCCGAAGUCGAGGACGCGCGUCAAUAGCGAGGUCGGAUUUCCAUCGACGUUAUUUUAAACUAUGUCGCAACGUAUCCUUCGUCAUUAAGCGUGAAGUUUAUUUACAUUUGGAUUAUCAAACAUUGUCACACAUUAAUCGCACCGUUGGGUUUCCAAAAAACAGUCUCCGUUGUAACGAGUACGUGUAAACUUUUCGGAUCAGAAAAGAUUCCACUCCUUUUCUGACUUCUACUGGCUUAUCAUUGCGUCUGGGAAGUUCAACCUUUGAUGCCGAAAGCGAGUGCGUUGACCGGUAAUACAUCAAUCCUUUGCACGUUGCGGUCGCGUCAUUGAAGUCUUUUAUGCUAACAAAAUGAAUGACUAUAUCCACGCAAGUUAUUCCGACUUGUUAAUCUUUAAUUGCAGUCAUGAGAAAGUAUAAGACGGUCCCAAUCACGCGCGGCGCGACACUCGUGAUGCGCUUUGAUGCGACAGUUAAUUCGCUCGAUUAUGAUCUUUCUUUCUUUGGCCACUAAGCUCUUUUUUAACUCCGACCCAUUAAAUUUGUGAGUUCCUUUCUUAGCACCCUUCACUCGAGAUUGCCCCGAACGAUCUGCUAUAUUAAAUUUUCUCAAUCUGCUAAGCUAAAUGAUCAAACCAUCCACUGCAAUGUUUCACCGAACGAUAUCUCGACAAUUUGUUAUAGCUAAAUUUUAUCGCUGUGUUACGACAGAUUUUUCUUAUCACUCCGCCUUUUUUUUCCUUCGUAAACUCUAUGACCUCGAUAACGACCACGCUGUUAUCGAUAAAACUCACAGCCGGUAGAUGAAGUAUACGAGACCCAGGGAUUUUCCUAAGUGAAGUUAUGACCUCCCUCGGAAUCGAGGUCGAUUUUCGGUUCGUGCACUCGAUGAUGAAACCGACACGGUCUCUGCCCCGGGUCUCAACAAGCCCGGUGCCAAGAAUAAAGGGACACGGCAUUUCGGCACCAGCAGCAGCAAGCGAAUAGUCAGAAGGAAGUAGACAGCCUUCGAGUGGUUAUUGCGCCGAGUAUUCCUCGACCGUUUCAGACCGACACCGUUUCAGUCGCGUGUAAGCAGCCGACCGUUGAACGUGCAACCGCAGGAACGGCGACAAUCGACAGCACCAUCCAUGGGUUAUCAGUAUUCGCGUCCUCUUAUUAUUUGGAUAUAACCGAGCCGAGAACAGCCGAACUGACCGCGAACGAAGAUGGAAAUGAACAGCAAUCCGGUUUCCCCGAUUUCGCCGAAGAACUCCAUUCACGGCGAUGAUACAACUCUCAAGCAGCCACUUGGAAAUAGCGGGACCUAUGGAGCAUUCCAAUCGAAAGAUCCCAUUUUGGCGAUGGAGAAAGGUGGCGAUGCCAUCAAGGGAAGAAGUAAUGAGCACGGUAUCACCGUGCACCACCCCACCUCGUACCUGGAAACCAUGAUGCAUCUGUUCAAGGGUAACGUCGGUUCGGGAAUUUUCGCGUUGGGAGAUGCUUUCAAGAACGCCGGAUUACUACUGGGACCCCCGCUGACGAUCUUCCUUGGUAUCAUUUGCGUGCACGCUCAACACAUUCUCAUUAAAUGUAACGAGGAGGUGACACGUCGCGUUGGCGAUGGCAUCUACGCGAAUGGAUUUGCUGGAACUGUGGAGAUGUGCUUUGCUACCGGUCCCAUUGGAUUUCGUAAAUAUUCGACUUUUAUGAGAAAGUUGGUUAAUGUGUUUUUAUGUGUCACGCAACUCGGAUUCUGCUGCGUAUAUUUCGUUUUCAUUUCUUCGAACAUGAAGCAGGUACUGGACGCGCACGGAAUCGAGAUGGAGGUUUACGAGCACAUGGCCGUGGUAUUGGUUCCCAUAAUGCUUAGUACUUGGAUUAGAAAUCUCAAGUAUUUGGUACCGGUGUCCUCGAUAGCGAAUUUCCUAAUGAUCGCUGGUUAUAUUGCCACUAUGUACAUCAUGAGCCACGACGUACCGUCCAUACACGAGAGAAGAUACGUCGCGGAUUGGAACAACCUACCUCUGUUCUUUGGUACUGUGAUAUAUUCCUUCGAGGGUAUUACUCUAGUACUGCCACUGAAGAAUGAAAUGAAGAAACCUCGCAACUUUAACAAGCCAUUAGGUGUUCUCAAUGUCGGUAUGGUGAUAGUCGGCACUAUGUUCGUCGCAAUCGGUUUCCUGUCUUAUCUGAAGUACGGUGACGCGGUUGCUGGUUCGGUCACGCUCAAUCUUGCGCCAGAGGAAAUGAUGGACGGGGAAAUCAUCAGUCAAUUAAGCUUGCCUCAAUGCAUCAAGACCGCCAUCUCUUUGAGCAUAUUGCUUACCUACGCGUUGCAGUUUUACGUCCCGAUCGCAAUAAUGUGGCCCGCCAUCGUUGACAGAUUCGGUCCAUUUAAACGGCCAGUGUUUGCGGAAAUCGUUUUCCGAUCCGUCAUGUGCUUCAUCACAUUUAUCCUGGCAGAAGCGGUACCACAAUUGGGUCUCUUCAUAUCCCUGGUCGGUGCGGUCAGUAGCACCGCCCUUGCUCUCGUGUUUCCGCCGAUUAUCGAGAUGAUCGUCUGUUGGCACAACACCAGCCUCGGUUUCUUCACGAUCGCAAAGGAUGUGAUGAUAGUGUUGAUCGGUGUACUGGGCUUCGCCACCGGAACGUACGAGAGCAUGACGGCGAUCAUCAAGUCGUUCAGCAAUUAAAUUAAACGCGCUCCACAGGCGCUCUGUACAAAUUAUUCUUAAUUUCUCUCUCGUAAACGCGCGCGCGCGCGAGUUUAAUGGACCAUGACAUCUACGGUAUUUCCGCGCGCACUUCCAAAUUCUGCAUGCUCGUAGACAUUGACCGCCUCACUCGACAUUAGCCAUUUUAACGUGACGAUCGUGACGAUAUAUCGUUUAUUAUUAUUAUAAUAAUUUAUGUGUGAUAUAUCAAUAGAAGUAGCUGAUAAGGUGCAAGUAGGUUGUGGACACCAGUGAUUGUUAAUAAUAAUUGUUCAGACAACGCAAGUCUCUUGAGUUUUGCGUUGUUUGGAUCGUACAUUAUUAUGCGUUCAAUGAAUUUACGCGGAUUAAUUUGGGCUUUCACUCGUAAUAACGAAUUGAAGUACAACACAAUAAUCUAUAUGAUGCAAGACGAAAACAUGAAUAAAUAUGAUUCUUGCAUCAGCGAUGCAGAUCGAUAAAUACUCGAUAUUUUUGAUUGGUACUUGUCAUUCUUUUACAUCAAUGAAUUUGAUUUAUUGUUAGCGAAUUGUAUUUGCUUUAAUUCUAUAGAAAUAGAACACGGAUUGUUAACUAAUGAGAUCGUAGUAUCUAAUAAUUGAAAUGAUAAUGAUGAAUUAGAAAAACAUAUUUAUUUAUGUUUAGAAAAACAUAUUUAUGCUAAUUACCGUUACAAUUUUUUUGAAAACAAAUCUUGUUAGAAAAAAUGUUGGUUAAUUAAUAUCUACAAUAAAUUAACUAACUCUAACUCUAAAUUAAUUCUAAAUUAAUUCUAAAAACAAUUCUAAAAAAUUCUAAAACUGUUUUCGAUACUGCAUGUUACUGCAAAGAAAACUGCAUAUCUCAAAUAUCUGGAAAUUGUAUUAUCUCUUAUUCGAAAGAUAAAACCAUUCGUGACGAGGACAUACUUUGUCUAAAUGGUUUUAUUUGUAAUUGCAACCGAGUAUUAUAUAACAGCAGCGUAACGUUUUAUUUAUUUAUGUAUACAUCAGAGUUAGUUUCACCAACAUAUGGAUUAAACGUUAUUACUUAAAAAACUUUUUUUCUCUAUCUUAUAGAUAUAAUAUAAAUCUAAAGAGAGAAAAAAAAAGAAAGAGAGAGAAUAGAUCGAUUAAACUAAUAUAGGUGAAACUAUCUCUCCACGUGAUUGAUAUUUAUAAGAGACAGUGAGCAAAAAGAACCGAACGAUCUUUAAUUGUAUAUUACAUCGUAGUCUUACUUUAUUGUUAAACUUUUUAUAUAUUCGUAGCGACGCUUAUGAUACGAAACACAAUGAACAUCAAACACAAUAUCUUAAAAAAUGAAUCAUAGACUAUGUAAAAUUUCGAUACCCUAUAUCAAUUGAGGUAAUUAAUUCCCCCUUACUAUUCGAAGAUUUGGCGAGGAUUUUUCGUAAAUUUCCAAAUCCCAUCAAUAUAUUAUACGAACAGUUAAUUUAUUAUAAGUUAAUUGUGUCGACAAGAAAAAGAACGAUAUCAAUCGCCGACGUCGCGAUAUGUUUCUCAUAGGAAAACCCAGAUCUCUCAAUUGAGAUUUAAAUCGAUUUUCCAUCUCUACGUAAGUAGUGUGUAUCUGUGCAGUAUUAAUUAAAGUUGGAACGAGGGAAAUACUCAUUAACGAUAAGACGUUAUGAAUAUCAAUUGACUAUAUAUAUGAGCGGUACACAACGUUAUCGCGUCCCGUAUUACCGAAGUACAAAGCCCACUCAGGGAAACUAAUAUUAAAGUAUAUAUCUUCUUUCCUUAAUAUAUUUAACAGCAGCGUAUAAGACGUGUUUCUCUCAGCGAGAUGCUGAGGCUGAUGGAAUAGAAAGAGAUAUCAAUAAACAUGUGGCACAACGAA